AUGGAGCUGAGCUGCCGGGACUGGAUGUCAGCUUUACCUGAGGAGCUGUGGGACAUCCCUCUCACUCAGCUGGCCAUACCUGGGAGCCAUGACGCCAUGAGUUACUGUCUGGACAUCAACUCGCCCCUGGUCAGGUCUGAGUCCGACUUGUUGAGGCUCCUGGAUGUCCUUUUUUACUGCUUCACGAGGCCUUUAAUUUUUAAAUGGGCCACCACACAGGAUAAAACCAUCGAGGAGCAACUUUCGAUGGGUAUUCGAUACUUUGAUCUCCGUGUUGCCCACAAACCCAAUGACUCAUCCAGUGACCUCUACUUCACCCACGUCAUAUACACACAUUUGACAGUUUUAGAAACCCUGGUGUCUGUUGUCAGCUGGCUAUGUUCUCACCCGAAGGAGAUUGUGAUCCUGGCCUGCAGUCAUUUUGAGGGCAUAGAUGACAGAUACCACGAAGCAUUCAUUUGUUGCUUGAAGAAGUUGUUUGGCCCGAAGCUGUGCCCCUGGAAGGAACCAAACCUGAGCCUGCGGAGUCUGUGGGCAUCUGGUUACCAGGUCAUUCUGUCCUACGACUCCCAGAUCACAGCUAGACAUCCAGAACUGUGGCCUGCCAUCCCUUACUGGUGGGCCAACAAGUGCACAGCACAGGAUGUGAUCAGUUUCCUCGACUGGCAAAAAGACAUGGGACGUCCAGAGGGAUUCUUCAUUGCUGGUCUGAAUCUCACAGCUGAAAGGAGCUACAUAACCAAAAACCCAAAGGAAUCCUUGCGGAUGCUGACCUACAGCAACUGGGAGUGUUUGAGGAAGUGGGUGGAGCAGCAGACACCUGGAUCAGACCCCAAGAGCCUGAACAUUAUAGCAGGAGACUUUGUGGGACCACUCCCACUCUGUUCUUUAGUGAUCAAACUGAAUCACAAACUGAGGUCUAGGAGCUUCAGCCAGAUGAAAAAAAUGUCUUUAUAA